CUCCUCAAUUCCCAUUUUCAUGUCUUCUCCUCCUCCUCCUUCUUCUUCAUCCUCCUCUUUUACCAAUCUCCUCCUCACCGGAAACAACAACAACAGCAGUAACAGCAGAGAAAUGGACACAAUCGGCUGGGGACUCUACGGAACCGAUCAUCACCUUAACAACAACAGACCUGCAACUGGAACUGGAGGGCUCGAAAUCCCCAAAUUCAAGUCCUUCCCGCCUCCUUCCUUGCCUCUCUCGCCGCCCCCGCUUUCCCCUUCUUCUUACUUCGCCUUCCCGCCUGGUUUAAGCGCAUCGGACCUCCUCGACUCCCCUGUUCUCUUCUCUUCCGCCGCUAAUCUUCUUCCAUCUCCGACCACCGGAGCUUUCGCCGGCCAGAAUACAUUCAACUGGAGGAACGACUAUUCCGGCAACGGGAACAAUCAGCAGCAGCUGCAGCAGAAGGGGAAAGAGGAAACCCAUUCCGAUUUCUCCUUCCAGCCCCAAACCAGGCCCAAUUCUUCCUCUUCAUCGUCAUCCAUCUUCCAGUCUUCCUCCGAAGUCGUCUCCGCGGACUCAAUCAAGAGGCAACAACAACAACAACAACAGGAUGCCUGGAGUUUUAACAAGCCGGCCGCUCACCAACCUUCCGAUCUCUCUUCAGCAGACAAAAUCAAAUCCGAAUUCCCUGCAACCCAGAGCUUCUCCUCCGAAACGAUACCGUUUCAGACCAACAGCAUCGCCGCUCCACAGCAGCAAACCAGCUACAACAACCACAACCCGACGGCUCAUUACAUGAGGGAGAGCAGGAGAUCGGACGACGGUUACAACUGGAGGAAGUACGGCCAGAAGCAAGUCAAAGGAAGCGAGAACCCCAGAAGCUAUUACAAAUGCACUUUUCCAAAUUGUCCCACCAAAAAGAAAGUCGAAAGGUCUUUAGACGGACAGAUCACUGAAAUCGUUUACAAAGGCAGCCAUAACCAUCCCAAACCCCAGUCCACAAGGCAGUCCUCUCAUCAUUCCGUUCAACCCGCCGGCAGUCCUGAAAUUGGUGAUCAAUCGGUCAGCCAAAUGGGUUCCGGAACCCACCACGACGACUCUUCGUUAUCCGUUGGUGAAGAUGAGUUCGAACAGAACUCGCCGCUCAGUAAUUCUGCCGGCGAUGAAGAUGACAACAAUGAACCUGACGCCAAACGAUGGAAAGGGCAGAGCGAGAACGACAGUUUGGUUGGUGGCGGUGGGAGUAGAACCGUUAGGGAACCAAGGGUUGUGGUUCAAACAACCAGCGAUAUAGAUAUACUUGAUGAUGGAUAUCGAUGGAGGAAAUAUGGGCAGAAAGUGGUCAAAGGAAACCCUAAUCCAAGGAGCUACUACAAAUGCACAUUCGUGGGGUGUCCAGUGAGGAAGCAUGUGGAGAGAGCAUCCCAAGACCUGCGAGCUGUGAUCACAACCUACGAAGGGAAACACAACCAUGAUGUUCCUGCUGCAAGAGGCAGCGGCUAUGUCGCCACCAGACCAACAACAGCUGCAACGAACCCUACUCCAGCAGCCAUUCCCAUUAGGCCCUCUGUCAUGAACAGUCAUCAUUCCAACAGCAGCGGAGCCUACUCGAAUCAAUCUCCGUUCACCCUGGAGAUGUUGCAGCAGGGUUCAGGGAGUUAUGGGUUCUCAGGUUUUGGAAAGCCGACAGCUACAGCAGCGGGGGGGUCUUACAUGAAUCAUCAGUCGCAGUACGGUGCGAUUGCUGGAGCUAAGGAAGAACCCAAGGAGGAAUCCUUCCUUGAUUCACUGCUAAGCUGAAUACCACCAAGCCAAAAGGACUACAAUUUUGGUUGCAGCAGCAAUUAGAAUUUAGGAAAAAAGAAAACAGUCAUACUUCA